AUGAGAACCAACCAUCUGUCACCGUUAGCAAUGUGGCACACCAAUAUGAUAACAACACCAGAUGAUUCAACCAUUACUAACUGGGAAACAUAUGGAAUUGAUUACAGUACUUCAGCACAACAAAUUGAAACAAGCAACAACAUUGUGGUCCCUAAUUCAGAUGUGGAACUGAGUGAUGAACACUUUCAGUACCUUCAACAAAUGGUAAAUACUACCCAGGAUGAUGGUAAUAAUGGUGGUAUUGAACACUAUUUGAAUGCUGUGGACAUUGUAGGUGGCUUCAUGGAUGAGGAAACAACAGACAUUGUUUGA